AUAAGUCGGUUGUCACACUGCUAGUAAAACAAAAUUGGAAAAAUAAUAGAAUAAGUAAUAAUUUAGGAGACUGCCGCUAUUUUAAAGUUUCGUUAGAUUAAGGUUAACUGUAAUUAGGUUAGAUAGUGCAAGAAGCGGCGCGUGCACAGCCCGGCGCAACCUGCACAAAAGCCGACAAUCUGCGCUUGCAGCCGCACCAAACUGACCGCCUCCCCCCGCGCGCACCAUAUUGACAGCCAGUGGGCAGUUGCACCAUGGACGACUCCAAUACCAUGGCCAGCACCUCGAUGGCUGCCGCACGUGGCCGAGGACGCGGGCGCCCGCCUAAGCGAGAGCACGCACAGCCCCCCGAUGCAGAGCUGCAGAACUACCAAGAGAAAUCGCCUGGCGCUGACUCGCCCAACACAAUCCGCCGCAGCUCGCGCAAGAGAUUCUGCAAGUUCGACGUGCGCGACGUGCUCAGCCUGCGCAAGCCUGAGCACAAGAUCCAGAUCGAGGGACGCAUCGACUCCAAUCUGCCCGAGCCGGCACCACCCGUAGCACCAGCUGGUGCGCCUUCCACAGCUGCCAGCACAACGACUUCGCCCAGCAUUCCGCCUGCCAAUCGUUUGUUUUCGAUGUUCCCAAGCAAUCGCACACCGCCCAAACUUCCGCCGCCACCCGCUGCCCUGGGGAUCUUUGUCAAGCCGCGCAGCACUCCGAGCCUGAUUGUGGCCCAGCUGAACAGCGAAUCCUCCAGUUGCAAUACGUCGACUGCCACAGCGACUGCCCCUGCGACGGCGGCUGCAGCGUUCGCAGCAUCCGUCAUGCGCAGGGGUCGAGGCAGGCCCAUUACUAAGAGUUCACUGGACAAGACACACAGCCAGAGCAGUAGCCACAGCAUGAACUUCUCCGAUUCGGAUACCAAUUCGACGGGCGCCUCCACGACAGGCAGCAUCGGCAGCAGGGGCAGCACGGACAGCAAUGAGGCGACAGCGCCCAGGCGAAAGUGCCGGGUGACCCUCAAGCGAUUGAACUUUGUGCAGCGCCAGGGAUCGUGGGACUCGGGCGACUCGACCGUUCUGGGCGAUGCCGUGGUGGAUGUUAGCAGCUCUUCGUCUUCCGCUGCUUCCACACCCGUUCUGCAGGAUGAAAACGCACUCGACGAGCAGCCAAAGAUGAAGCCGCUGCUGCUGCCGCUGCCCGUGUCCCUGCCCACAGUCGUCGACGAUGACGGCGACUCUUCGGACUCGCAGAUAAUCUUUACGGAGAUCGACACGGGCAGGGAAGUGACGGGCCGAAGCAAGGUGGAACAAUCAGAGGAGCCUCCACAGGAGCUUGAAGUAGAAACUGAGCAGCAGGAGCAGGAGCCUGACGUGUGUAAUGUACUGACAGAUGUCUCGAGCGAGGAGGAGGAUACCUCUCAGGGCUCGUCCUCGGCGAGGCGUCGGAGCAGGCGAACUGCCAAAACGGAAGGAGCCAAUAGCAGCAGCAGCAGCCAAGCGGGAAAAACCCUCGAAGAAACCUUCGCGGAGAUAGCCGCCUCAAGCAGCAAGCAGAUUCUACUCAAGGCAGAGUCUGACUCCCACUCCGAAGGGGACAACGAUGAGGAGGAGGAGGAGGAGCACACGCUGAUUGACUUGAUUGAGGAUGAUAGCCAUGAUGAGGGCAUCCACGGGGAGUACGAGCUGGUGCUCGAUGAGCACAUGAAGGACGAAGGGCAAGUGCAAGUCAUUGAGCUGGAUGGCGCCCUUGCAGCAGCAGAGGAGGAGCAGCAGAUGGAGCCACAAUUGUCCACUGACGUCACAUUGCAGCUGCAGGCGAAGAGCCCACGCACCAGUGUCCAGCCAGAUGGCCAGUCACAGCCGCAGACGAUUAUACUUGAAGUUGAGGCAGAAGAGGAGGAGAAUGCCAGCACAGAGCAGCAGACACCCGUGGAUGCGGUUGCGGAUGUGUCCGCAGAGCCAAAACCAGAACCAGAAGCUGUGGCCGAGGAUGUUGUGAUUAUCCAAAUCGCCUUGCCAGAGCCACAACCAGAGGCGCAGCCAGAGAUCUCAUUAGAAAUGGAAGCAUCACAGAUGAUAAUCCAGAAAUUGCCACUGCCACUGCCACUUCCACAAGAGGAGGUGGAUGAGAAGGAAGUCGUUCCAAUUUUAGUUCCAAUGGAAAUGGACAGCCCAAUCGAGUCCAUGACAGAGCCAACUAAGGCAGCCGAGAGCCCAUCUACAGGGGAACCUUCUCCAGCAGCGGAACCAAAGCCAAACGAAAAGGAAACUCCCAGCAAACCAGAGCAGAGCGCAGAAGAACCCAAGAGCCACUCCAAUGCAAGUCUCAGCCUCAGUCCCACUGCUAUGGCCGUGGCCACUCCCUUGGCCACUCCGAGCGCUGUCCACGUCAAAGCCAUCGUUGAAUGCGAUGCCAUGUUCCAGGCACUGGAGAGUGCCAAUGCCCAGAAGAUGCGCGAGGAGACGCACAAGAAGAAGGUCAAGCUGGAGGCCAAGAAGGCAGCGACGUCGAUGGCAUCAACACUAAUGCCAUCGAACAGCUCUGGAGGUCAGAAGCAGACAAAGACAAGGACGACGACAACGACAAUUCCUGCGCUCGGUGGAAGGAGCAAAACUCGCAGGAACACCUCGUACUACGCCUCGAAUGAAAGGGAUACCACUCCGACUCCCGUGGCUGUGGCCAGAUCCCAGGCCAAAAAGCAGAAACCGUCUGUCACGAAAAAGACUGAACCACGAGCCGAUGGACUUGUGGAUCCUGCUGCAAAUGCAAACAGCAGGAAAUUGAAUACCGACGACCUGCAGGAAGACUUCUCCUCCUCCUCCUCCUCCCAGCAGGAGGAGCAGUACAGAGGCAGUGCCACAGCAAAGCGAAGCAAAUCCCGAGGCUCGCUAGCCUCCGAUGCCAGGAGAGAUGAGGUCAAAGCGCACUCUCAGUCGGCACCAAAGAAGGAAAGUGCCAUGCCAACGCGUCGUUUCACGACCAUCGAUCGUCCCUCCCCAAAAGCAGCACCACGCGGCACCGCCCUUGGGGACCUUUGUAAAGAUGGGACAACAAAGGCAACAUCGACUGGAGGCAGACAGUAUCCGGCGAUUAGUGCAGCCGCAAAGCGACCCCCCACACUGUCCCGCCCCUCAUCGCUAGAAUCUCUGUCCCAAAAAGACGCCAAGAAAGUUGAGGGAAAACCAACAGCAGGAGGGAAGCAAUCGCCGGCGAAUCUCAUUAAAAACAUACGAAAAUCCAGCUCCUCCGGGGAAUCGCUUGAUGCAACCAAGAAGGCAUCCUCUAGGACGCAGUCUCCUGCAUCGAUGGAACCCAUUAAGCGACGCCAGACCACUUCCAGUGAGUGUUUGCUCGCCUCCUCGGUGGAAGCCAAGACAGAUGAGAGAACCCCCAGGCCACAGUCACCCAAAGAAAAGGCAACGGCCAUGCCGUCGAUAACUGCCGAAGAGCCAAGACUCUCCUUCGAGCAGUUGCUGGGCCAGGCCGACACCUAUACGAAGACCCAGAAUAAGCGACGCACCAGCACUUCCGCCAUCGGGCGCAGCUCGCCAGUGUCUGCCUGCUCCACUUCCUUCUCCGACUCGGCUGUCCGAGCCCCUGAAGCCGGGAAAGCUAAAGAGAAGGCCGCACCAGCACCAGCGGAACGGAAGCCAUCGCCGAAUGCCAUUCGAUCGCGACGCUUCACAACCAUCGAUCGAACGUCGUGGAGUGAUGCGCCCAAUGGCCCCAGAAAGACGCAAUCGAAGCCAUCCACCCCCAGAGAGUUGUCCCCCAAUGGGGACUGUGCGGCCAGUUCUGGAUCACAGCCGAAGAGCUACUCAAUGCAGCAAUCCCCAGCGAUUGGGGGUGGCUCAAAGCUGACAAAGAAGAAGAUCAACACCAGUCGCCUCACCCUGAUGGAUCACAGUGCAGCAGACAUAUCCGAGAAAUUGAUUAAGGCUUGCCUCGAGGGUCGCGCUGCAAGCUCAGACGAAGCUGAUGCUGGAAAGUCACAGUCGCCUGCACCCAAACAGGAAGCGAAACAGGCCGCCGCCUCAGUGUCCUGUGCGUCCCGGAGGAGCAGUCGCCACAGCAGCAUCAGCGCCAGCAGCUCAUCCUCGUCGAAGCCAACUUCGAGGAUGUCAUCACCAGCGGCGAAUGAGCCAAAGAUAAAAAAGAUUAGUGCCAGGCGCAAGACCGAAACACCAGAACAAUCCCCCAGCGUCAAGAAGGUAGACAAGUUAAGCAGCCGCGGAGGAGCGGUUGCCACGAAGCAUGGCUCGCGAUCGCCUUUGCUAUUGGAUCAGCGUCGCAGGAUCACCAUAUGCGCUGAGCCCGUGCUGGCUGCUGUGGCCUUGAAGAGUGCCGAUCCACGAGUGAGGAAUGCCUCGCCCGCAGAGCUCUUGCCCAUACCCAUGCCCCGAGAGAGGACGCUGCCUAAGAAAUCAGCGACCUUGGCGGCGCCGACACCGAAGAAACCCAUGACCAUGACCCCCAAGGUUGCAGUCAAGAGAGCAUCAGAGCCGCCAGAUCUGAGGAGCAAGAAGCCGCGUAGGCCCACGACCAGCAGAAAGAGCACCGAGGAGGCUCUGCCCGUGCAGCUGGAUGCAGUGGAGCCCAUUGACACAGAUUCCACGGAGUCAGCGAGUGGCAAAAGCAAGCGCUGGGAUGUGCAGCCUUCGACUGCAACUGAAGCGUCAGCUGCAGCUGCAACUGCAACAACUCCAGAGGUGCAGAAGAUCAACACCAGUCGCCUCACCCUGAUGGAUCACAGUGCAGCAGACAUAUCCGAGAAAUUGAUUAAGGCUUGCCUCGAGGGUCGCGCUGCAAACUCAGACGAAGCUGAUGCUGGAAAGUCACAGUCGCCUGCACCCAAACAGGAAGCGAAACAGGCCGCCGCCUCAGUGUCCUGUGCGUCCCGGAGGAGCAGUCGCCACAGCAGCAUUAGCGCCAGCAGCUCAUCCUCGUCGAAGCCAACCUCGAGGAUGUCAUCACCAGCGGCGAAUGAGCCAAAGAUAAAAAAGAUUAGUGCCAGGCGCAAGACCGAAACACCAGAACAAUUCCCCAGCGUCAAUAAGGUAGACAAGUUAAGCAGCCGCGGAGGUGCGCUUUCCACGAAGCAUGGCUCGCGAUCGCCUUUGCUAUUGGAUCAGCGUCGCAGGAUCACCAUAUGCGCUGAGCCCGUGCUGGCUGCUGAGGCCUUGAGGAGUGCCGAUCCACGAGUGAGGAAUGCCUCGCCCGCAGAGCUCUUGCCCAUACCCAUGCCCCGAGAGAGGACGCUGCCUAAGAAAUCAGCGACCUUGGCGGCUCCGACACCGAAGAAACCCAAGGCCCCCAAGGUGGCAGUCAAGGCAGCUGCAGCUGCACCUGCAACAUCUCCUGAGGUGCAGCCACCCGAAGCUCUCAGGGACAUUGCAAAGUUCAUUAAGGAUGGGGUGAUUCUGCUGAACCGCAGCUACAAGGAUGACGAAGACGAGGACGAGGCUCAACCGGAGGCUGUGAAGGGCGACGAUCAAUUGGCCAGCGCCAGUUGCCUGGAGACGCCAUCGACGACACGUUCCCCCACGCCCAGCGGCAGCAGCAACUCCAGAUCGGGUGCCAGCACCAGGGCCAAUACCAUCACAGAGGAUUCCUCACCGACGCUGCCCUUGAUGAUGCUGCCGCAGGGCUCCAAUGAGGAUGGCAGCGCUGGCGGCGUGCGGCGCUCGCAUCGGAUCAAACAGAAGCCGCAGGGGCCGAAGGCCAGUCAGGGCAGAGGCGUGGCCAGCAGUGCGCCCCCCUUCAGCAUGGAGGACCAGAUGGCGGAGCUGGCCAACACGGAGACCAUCAACGAACAGUUCCUGCGCAGCGAGGGGCUGCUCACGUUCCAGCAGCUGCGCGAGAACUACUAUCGAUGCGCGCGCCAGGUGAGCCAGGAGAAUGCGGAGAUGCAGUGCGACUGCUUCCUCACGGGCGACGAGGAGGCCCAGGGGCAUCUGUGCUGCGGUGCGGGCUGCAUCAACCGCAUGCUGAUGAUCGAGUGCGGUCCGCUGUGCACGAACGGGGAGCGGUGCACGAACAAGCGCUUCCAGCUGCACCAAUGCUGGCCCUGCCGCGUCUUUCGCACCGAGAAGAAGGGCUGCGGCAUCACCGCGGAGCUGCUGAUACCCGCCGGCGAGUUCAUCAUGGAGUACGUGGGCGAGGUCAUCGACAGCGAGGAAUUUGAGCGGCGGCAGCAUCGCUACUCGAAGGAUCGCAAUCGGCACUACUACUUCAUGGCGCUGCGCGGCGAGGCGAUCAUCGAUGCUACAAUGCGCGGCAACAUCUCGCGGUACAUCAACCACAGCUGCGACCCGAACGCCGAGACACAGAAGUGGACCGUUAACGGGGAGCUGCGCAUCGGUUUCUUCAGCGUUAAGACCAUCCUGCCUGGAGAGGAGAUAACCUUCGACUAUCAGUACCAGCGGUACGGCCGGGAUGCCCAGCGCUGCUACUGCGAGGCGGCCAACUGCCGCGGCUGGAUCGGCACCGAGCCGGAGUCCGACGAGGGAGAGCAGAAGAACGAGAACAACACCCAAACGGAUGACACAGACAGCGAGUCCGAUACGGAGGAGACAGAGCCGGAGCAGAGCAAGAGCAAGACCAAGGCGAGUGCCGCGAAGAACAGCUCCAAGUCCAAGGUGAAGCUGCCAGCAGUGUCCAAGGAGCAGCGCAAGAAACGCGAGUCGGCGGCCAAGGCCAAGGAGCGAGAUCGAGAAUUCAAGGCCGGACGCUGGCUGAAGCCCACCACCGGAGCUGGUGCAGGUGCUGGUGCAGCAGAGAAGAAGGAUCCGCGCGCUGCCAAGCCAGAGGUGAACAAAUUCCAUGCCAUGCUCGAGGAUCCCGAUGUGCUGGAGGAGCUGUCGCUGCUCAGCCGCUGCGGAUUGAAGAACCAACUGGACACGCUGCGCAUCUCGCGCAUCAUGGUGCGAGCGAAGCUGCUGCCGACCCGCAUCCAGCUGCUGCAGGUGCUCACACGUGGAGAGUUGCCCUGCCGCCGGCUCUUCCUGGACUACCACGGGCUGCGGCUACUGCACGCGUGGAUCAGCGAGAACGGCAGCGAGCAGGAGCUGCGAAUGGCCCUGCUGGAUGCGCUCGAGGCGCUUCCCAUACCGAACAAGACGAUGCUGAACGAGAGUCGCGUCUACCAGAGCGUGCAGCAGUGGAGCGCGGGUCCUGCGGGUCGGCAGUCACAGAUGAGCAGCGCCAACUGCUUCGGCCAACGCAUGCUGAAGCUGAUCAGCAAGUGGAGCAGCCUGCCGGAGAUCUUCCGCAUACCGAAGCGGGAGCGCAUCGAGCAGAUGAAGGAGCACGAGCGGGAGGCGGAUCGCACCGGCGAGCGGCCCACCGAGAAGCAUGUGGCCAGCCACCAUGUGACCGCUGCCUCCGCCCUAGAGGACUCGGCACGCGACAGCAGCACCGAUCGCUACCGGCAGGAUCGCUUCCGUCGCGACACGAUCAGCAGCCGCAACAGCGGCGGCCCCAAGCCGCCCAUGAGCCGCAUGAGCGGCAACAACACCAUAUGCACCAUCACCACCCAGCCAAAGGGCAGCAAUCCCUCCGAGGGACAGCCGCGUACCGAGAUGCGACGUCGCCCGGACAACAGCAGUGGAGCCACACUGGAGACGCGUCGUGGAGGCGGAGGCGGCGGCAGCGGCGCUGGUGGUGCGCUGUUGUCUAAGGAGCUAAGACGAUCUUUAUUCGAGCGGAAGGUGGCCCAGGACGAGGCCGAGAAGCGCGUGUGCAGCGAGGACUGGCGGGAGCACGAGCUGCGCUGCGAAUACUUUGGUGCGGACAUCAAUACGGAUCCGAAGCUGCUGCCCUUCUCGUACAACACGGAGACCGGUGAGUGGUUCAACUCGGAGGAUGUGCCCGUAAUGGCGCCGCUGCGCACAGACCUGGCCUUGGCCCCCUCGACAGAGAUGAGCGAACAGGACAUGCUGCCCGCAGAGUACAAGCUGCCGGCCAGCGUGGAUCCACUGCCGCUCUCCUGGCACUGGAGCCGCACCAUCGAAGGGUACAUUUACUACUACAAUCUGCGCGAUCGCAUACCGCAGUGGCUGCCGCCCAGUCCCGAGCAGCGCCUACAAACGCUGCUGGAGGGGGAUCCGCAGCAGCAUCAGCCGCUGCAGGAGCUCGAUCCAGCCCUGCUCGAAGAGGAGCUUAUCUCGGUGGACCCUGACUAUGUGGGCUCGCUGUCGAGCAAGUCGCUCGCGCAGCACAUCGAGACGAAGGUGCGGGAGCGCCGCGAAAUACGCCACAAGAAGCUGUGCUCCGUGCGCGUGAUUAGCCCUAGACGGGACGAGGAUCGGAUCUACAACCAGCUGGAGUCGCGCAAGUACAAGGAGAACAAGGAGAAGAUUCGUCGCCGCAAGGAGAUCUACCGGCGGCAGAGGGCCAGCGCGGACACGGUCGCCGCAACCAGCUCCGAUGCGAGCAGCACUGAUGCGGAGGCCUGGUCCACGCCUCGAUAUCUCUACUCAUCGGACGAGGAGGUGGAAGCUCCCAAGUCCCCUCAAUUGGAGGGCAUCAUCUAUGGCUUUAAUGGAUCAGCAGGCUCACUAUUUUCCGCCACAAAGGUGGAUGAACUCGAGGCGGAGCUCGACAUGGAGCCCAGCACCAGCGCCUACGCCCUCGCCUGCCUGAACAAGCCCCAGCAGAUACCCACGCUGGUCACAGGCGGCAGCGGUGGCGGCAUAAACCGAAAACUGCCACCCCUGCCGCCGCACACGCCGGAAAAGCCACCUGCAGCCGUACCAGAGAGAAAGAGUCGCGGUGGCGGCCACGAGCGCAGCAAACCCAAGCGAAAAAUGUUACUUCAUAGCACAAAAGGUGGACGAGAAUCGAUUGACAAAUUCCGAUUCGACAUAAGCGGACAUGUUGCAGACUUUCUGCGCCCAUUCCGCAAAGAUAACUGCCAGAUGGGUCGCAUAACCAGCGACGCAGACUACAAGUUCCUAAUUAAGCGGCUGACGGAGCAUGUCAUCACGAAGGAGAUGCGCUACUGCGAGAUGAGCGGCCAUCCUUUGAUCUGCAACGAUUCGGUGAAGCACAAGUCGCACGAAUUCAUUAACCAGUACAUGCUGAAGAAGGGCCGCGUUUACACCAUGCCCCUGGAUGAGGCGGCCUUCUAAAAACCAAAAAGAAAAA